AUGGUAAAAGAAAAUAAUUCCAAAAGAACAUUAGAUCUAGAUGACGUGCUAACAAAUGAGUUGGGAGAAUUUGGAAAGUUUCAAAUCGUAAAUCUACUUCUAGUCUGCUUUCCACUUCUGGUUGCAGCAUUUCCAAGUGAUUAUAUUUUCACUGUUGCUGCAAUUCCACAUCGAUGUCGUAUUCCCGAAUGCGGAGAGGAAAAUAAACAACAUAACUUCAGUCCUGAUUGGAUUUUAAAUGCGAUACCAGAAAGUGGUUCAGGAUUUGCAAGCUGCGAAAGGUUUCUUCCACGAGGAAACGGCUCUUUGGACUUCUGUCCAACCAACAUAUUCGAUCAUAAUGAAACUGUGGGUUGUGACGAAUUUGUAUAUGCCAGGGAUAAUUCAGCUGUGUAUGAUUUCAAUCUUGGUUGUCAAGAAUGGCUAAGAGUUUUGGUAGGCACUCUAGGCAGCGUCGGUACCCUCUUGGUUCUUCCAUUCACUGGAUUCAUAUCAGAUAGGUUUGGCCGCAGAUUGGCUUUAGUGAUCAGUGCCUUCAAUAUUGCUCUAUUUGGAUUAAUCCGAGCUUUUUCAACGAGUUAUACAAUGCUAUUAAUUACUCAGAUUCUGCAAACAACACUAGGUGGAGGAAUUUAUAGCUCGGCGUAUAUAUACGGUGCAGAAGUUGUAGGACCUAAUUAUCGGGUAUCAGCUACCACGGUGAUAGGUCUUUUGUUUUCUAUAGGACUCGUACUUCUUGGAUUGUUAGCGUGGGUCAUUCAACCGUGGCGCAUACUUUUGAUUGUUCUUUACAUUCCGCCUUUUCUUAUGAUUAGUUACUAUUGGCUACUACCAGAGAGUGUUCGAUGGUUAAUUUCCAAAAAAAAGUUUGAAGAAGCCAGAAAAGUCUUAGAGAACAUUGCCAGAAUAAAUAAAACUAAAAUUAGUGAAGAGUCCUUACAGGCUCUAUUAAACACACCACAACCAGUUGCUGCUCAGAACGACAAUAUAGGAGUGUUUCUAAAGGUGAUCCGGUCUCGUAUAUUACUCAAACGAGUGUGCACUACCCCAAUCUGGUGGAUCACAGCAACAUUCGUGUACUAUGGACUCUCUAUUAAUUCGACAAAUAUGUUUGCCUUGCGACUUAUAAUUUAUCUCUUGGGUAAAUUCUGUAUAUCGGCUGUCCUCGCGGCUGUAUACCUUUACACGUCAGAAUUAUAUCCAACGGAAUAUAGACACACUUUACUUGCUUUUUCAUCUAUGAUAGGACGACUUGGAUCUAUUCUAGCGCCUCUCACACCCGUACUUUCACUGUAUUGGCAUGGCAUACCCUCGCUUAUGUUUGGGGUGAUGGGUCUGAUAUCUGGUUUGCUGGUUUUAACUCAACCAGAAACACAAAACACUCGGUUACCUGACACACUGGCGGAAGCCGAGGCUCUUGGUACAGAAACAAAAAUAUCUUGA